AUGCAGCGAGCGUUGGCAUCGAGCGGAGCCUCCCGCAUCACGGACUAUGAGCCGUUCUUGAGCGUGACGUCCAAGCGACGUCAGCCCUCCCCCAUCCGCUCCCUCCAGCCCCUCCUUGAGCUGCCCGGCAUGAUCUCGCUGGGUGGUGGCAUGCCCAACACGUCGUUCUUCCCCAUCAAGGGGGUGGACGUGCACCUGACGGACGGCACCACCCUCCCCAUCCAGGGCGUCGACAUGAACGCCGCCCUCCAGUACUCCUCCUCGUACGGUGUCACGGAGUUCGUGGAGUGGCUCAAAGACUACCAGACGCGCGAGCACCACCCACCCUACGCUUCGAGGAAGGACUGGCACGUGUGCGUGACGAACGGGUCGUCGGACGCCAACGCCAAGGCCUUCGAGAUGCUCAUCGACCCCGACGACUACGUCCUCGUCGAGAACCCCACCUACAGUGGGUCGCUGGCGGGGCUGCGGCCGCUCGGGUGCCGGCUGGUGGGUGUGGAGACCGACCACUCGGGCCUCUCGCCUACCCACCUCCGCUCGCUCCUCGACUCGUGGCCCGUCGACCGCCCCAAGCCCAAGGUGCUGUACGUGAUCCCCACGGGACAGAACCCGUCGGGGGCCACACUGCCCGAGGAGAGGCGUCGGGAGAUCUACGGCAUCGCGCAGCAGCACAACCUCAUCAUCCUCGAGGACGACCCCUACUUCCACCUCCAGCUCGACAAGCAACAGGACGAUGAGCCGUUGAAGUCGUUCCUCUCGAUGGACGUGGAUGGGCGCGUGGUGCGCUUCGACUCCUUCUCCAAGAUCAUCUCCUCGGGUUUCAGGAUCGGGUGGGCCACCGGCCCCGCUCCGCUCAUCGAGCGGAUUCAGCUCCACCAGCAGGCCUCGACGCUGCAUGUCAGCGGACUGAGCCAGGUGGUGCUCCUCACGCUGCUCAAGAACUGGGGCGAGGAGGGCUUCAAGCGCCACAUCGCCAUGGUCCAGGAGGGGUACCGCCAACGGAGGGACCUGUUCUGCAAGCUCGCCGAGAAGCACCUCACCGGCCUCGCCGAGUGGCAUCCGCCGUCCGCCGGCAUGUUCGUGUGGUUCAAGGCGCUGGGGGUACGGUCGACGGAGAAGAUGAUCAAGGAGCGAGCCCUGGCCCAGAAGGUGCUGCUCGUGCCGGGCGUGGCGUUCACGCCCAACGGCGAGGAAUCAUCGUUCGUGCGGGCCUCCUUCUCCACCGCCUCCCCCGACGACAUGGACGAAGCCCUCCGCCGAUUCGCCGCCCUCCUCCACGAGGAACGCAACGCGCACCACCAGUAG